CAUAAUUAAAGUGCAUUAAGCACAACAUUAGUUUUUCCAAUUUAGCAGACUUAAAGUUUGAAGUGAAACCAAAGUCAGCAGCUGCUGUUUCCAAGAGUACCUAACUUGAAGUAGUUCAUAGAAAUAGUGUGUAAAAUUGUAUUCAUGUUUUGGGUUGUUUGUUUUGUGCAGUACAUAGGUGCCGGAAUGACACACCAUCACUCAAUGACUGUACUAUUACCACAUUUUCCACAGUUGUGACGGUCUUAGUCAAAUCCACCUCAGCAUUGUUUUCUCAGACUGACAGUUCUUUUACAUCAGACAUGUCAAAUGCAAAGAGAUGCAAUGCUUAUGAGCAGAGGACAAGCACCUGUGAACUCUGCACUUGUGAUUGUAUCUGUGUGCUUUAGUUUGAAUUGUAUGAAUGGUCCAAGAUGGUGCUGCUUCCAAAUGGGGGAUUCAUGGUUAAAAACAAAACAAAACACCUACACAUUAUUACAAGAGUUUGCAUAAGUUUUUCUUUAUCAUUUUGCAUGGCCAGUUUACUCGCAGAUCACACUUUCAGAUUUUAAUACAAAAACUCUAUUAUUCUAUUUGACACAGAAAUCCCUCUCUGUGUCAGUGUUGGAUGAUGGAGAGCAGUGUGAAUGUGACGUGUGCAGAGAUUCAAAUCACAGACGGGUUUGAGUUCAGAGUCACUGCUGACAGAUUCACUCACUUGCAUCAGUCUGACUGUGAAUCGCUCUGGUACUCACAGGAUGAUAUUCUGAUAGCAGACCCAUCAGAUCCUCAGAAACUGAUUGAUCCUGUAAUUUCUGUCUCAUCUGAUCGUCUCGUCACGUCACACUGUGUGAAUGAACUCCGUCACGAGAUCCUCUGCGAUUCUUCAGGAUUCAGACUGGACACCAUAUUCAGAGCGAGGAAUGAAACUGCAGUGACUCCAAACUCAGUGACUCCAGAUCUCCAACAUUCAGGUAAACUCCUGCGCUUCUGCGUUUCAAUAUUUAUCAUUUUAUUGAUCAGCUGUUUUCAUCAGUUUAUGUAUUCAGUCAUUCAGCUGAAUUUAUUGUCUCUCACAUGUAUAGAUCAGUGGUGGUGGAUUUAUGUUCUUCUCAUUGUCAUUGUUCUUCUGGUGUUGAUCUGUUUCUUGCGUAAAAGGAUCUUCAGAUGUUUUCAGAGAAAAGAGCGGUUCAUCAGUCAGCGUGAAGCUCCAGACAACAGGGAUCUGGUGACGCUCAGAUCUGAUCAUCCAGGAAUUGGUUCAGCGAAUCAGUGCAGUGUUCAGUGUCCAGAUGCUGAUAAAGCAUCUGAGGUUUUGAAUGAUUAUUCACCAUUCUGGUUCUUUUCAAAAAAGAAUAAGAACCGGUUUUCAGUUCCCAAGCCUAGUCAUGAAGAUCAGAUUUAUUAAUGAGAAUAUUAUUUAUCUUCAGAACUGUUUAUUAAUAAUAAUAAUAAUAAAAGCUAUUGUGUCAUUUUGUUGUUUUAUUUCUUUUCUCCACUGCAAACCGAGACUUAAAAACUGCAUUAUGUCAUUUUUGUGUAUCUUUACAUGCCAUUUCACCUCUGCUUUAUCUAGAUUCAUGUAUAUAUGUAUCUGUAUUGUUAGUGCUGUAUAAAUAAAGGUAACUUGACUAUAUGAAUAUUGUUGGCUCUGUGAUGAACUGCUCGAGAUUUGCUUCUGAAACAGAUUAAACCAUCAUAA